AUGAAUGACAAGUAUCCUUCUUUCGCAUCUGAGCAGAGGAACUUGCGACUUGGGCUCUCUAGUGAUGGGUUUAACCCCUUCAACAUGAAGAACAGCCGAUACAGUAGUUGGCCUGUCUUGCUCGUUAAUUAUAACAUGACUCCUGACUUAUGUAUGAAGGAGGCAAACAUCAUGCUUAGUUUGUUGAUUCCUGGACCGCACCAACCUGGUAAUAGUAUAGAUGUUUACUUAGAACCUCUUAUAGAAGAUUUAAAUCGUUUGUGGUCUAAAGGCGAGGUGACUUACGAUGCAUUUAGUAAAACAACUUUUACGUUGAGGGUGAUGCUACUUUGGACCAUAAGUGAUUUCCCAGCAUAUGGAAAUCUUGCUUGUUGUAAAGUAAAGGGUAAGAUGGGUUGUCCUAUAUGUGGGAAGCACACAGAUAGUUUGUGGCUGAGUCAUAGUAGGAAGUUUGUAUAUAUGUGCCACCGAAAAAGUUUGUCUCCGUCACAUAGAUUUCGAGGAAAGAAGAGUUGGUUUGAUGGUAAAGCAGAGCAUGGAACAAAGGGAAGGAUACUCACGGGUAGAAAUAUUUCCUUACUACUGAGAAACUACAAGAAUGAUUUUGGUAAUAGAAAAGAGACUAGGAAGAAGAGAUCUAUAGCUGCUUGUGACAUACCAUCUGAUAACGAAGAUGAAUACAGUGAAUCUGAUGAUGAAGAAGAAGACUUAGCAGAAAAAGAUGAAGAGGAGUUAACUAGAUGGAAGAAAAUAUCAAUAUUCUUCACAUUGCCUUAUUGGAAGGAGCUCCCGAUAAGACAUAACAUAGACGUGAUGUAUGUGGAGAGAAAUGUGGCUGCAAGCUUGAUUGCUACAUUGUUACAUUGUGGCAAUUCAAAGGAUGGAUUUAAAGGUAGGAAGGACCUCGAAACUCUUGGUAUCAGAAAAGAUUUGCAUCCAAAAGAUCACGACGAGUGUAAAGUGAUGGGACUCAAAUCUCAUGAUUACCAUGUCUUGGUGCAACAACUGCUACCAGUUGCUGUUAGAGGUUUACUACCUAAGGGUCUUAGAAUAGCCAUUUUCCGCCUAUGUUCUUCAACGUUUUGUGCCAAAGAGUACAUGAAAGUAUUGAAAGACUAUGUUAGAAACCCAGCAAGACCAGAGAGGUGUAUAGUUGAGUCAUAUCUUGCAGAAGAAUGCAUGAGUUUCUGCUCUGAUUUCUUGAAGACGACAACAAAUGUAGAAGAAAAAGAGGAGAGGAACACUGAGUACGAGAACCACUCCAUCCUAGAAGGUCGUCCUAUAUCAGCUGGAACCUCAUUCACUCUCACUGAUAUGGAUAGAAAAAUAGCUCACCUUGCUGUAAUCCAGAACAUGGCUAUGGUGGAACCUUACAUUGAUGCUCAUUUACAACAUCUACAAGACACAAAUGAUAAGGACGAGACACUUAAGAUGUUGGCUUAUGGUCCACGUAGUAUAGCCAGAUCUUAUACAGGCUACAUUGUGAAUGGCCUGCGGUUUCAUACAAAGUCAGUGCAUAGGCUAAGUCAGAAUAGUGGGGUUUACUAUGAGGCAACAGCAAUGUGUAGAUCUAGUGCAAGGGACACAGCACAAGUGGUAGAUGUUGUAUCAUACUAUGGCAGAAUAGUUGAUAUUAUCUUGUUAGACUACAAUGUCUUCUACGUCCCAAUAUUUCGGUGUCAGUGGGCUGUUAAAGGUAACGGUGUUAAGGUAGAAGAUGGCUUUACGCUGGUUAAUAUGAAUCAGAGCCAAGUGUCAUUUGCAAAGGACCCAUUCAUUUUAGCCUCUCAAGCGAAAUGA